GAAACUCUCAAAUACUACUGCUCUGAGUACAAAGAGGGAAAGCCAGCUCUAAGUACUACCCAAAUAUAAGUCAUUACUCAUAUUAUGAUAUUAGGUUGGAAAAGCUGGAGAAAGUUGAAGUGUACAGUCUCGUUUCCACUCUGAGGCACAUAUGAAGUCUGAGUGGACAUGGACAAGGAACAGGAAGUGGAAAGUGAUAGAGCUGGAGCCCUGGAAGAACCGAACAUGAGUGCAGGGAAACAAGAAGAAGCCAAUCAAGGUGACGCUAAUGAAAGUCCAUUAUUACAGGGUCUAUCCAGCCACGUGACUCCCCUGGUCUCAGAAUUCUUGGACUCAGCACACAUCCAGGAGAAGGCCUCGGCCUCUGAGACCAACAACAUACAACAUAUGCCUGCAAAGGAGUCCAACGGUCCACACCCCAAGGACAUAUUCCCAUCGGCACAGGGCGGUAACAUCUUCAAUUCCUCAGCAAAGACCAUGCAACCCAAGCAGGCUGGCACGCCCAGUUUUUCAGCAAAAAUCAUCCCUACCAAGGAGGGCCGUAUCCCCAGUUCUUUAGCAAAAACAAUCCUGCCCAAGCAGGCUAAUACCCCCAAUUCUUCAGAAAAAACAAUCCCACCCAUGCAGGGCAAUACCUUCAAUUCCCCAACCAAAAUCACCCCACCCAGACAGGCUGAUACCCUCAGUCUCCCAGCAAAAUCUAUUCUACCCAAGCAGACUGUCACAUCAAAAUUUUCAGGAAAAAUCAUUCUACCCAAGGAGAGUGAUACCCUCAAUCCCUCAGAAGAAAAGAUUCCACCUAAGCAGGCUGAUAGCCCCAAUUCUUCAGAAAAAAGUAUUGCACUCAAGCACAGUGACAUCCCCAGUUCCUCAGAAAAAACCACCCCACCACAGGAGGAACGAAUGUUGGCUGACUCAGAAGAAAACAUCCCACCCGAGCAGGAUAGCACCCCCAUGUCCCUGGAAAAAGCCAUUCUGCCUACACAGGACAAGAGCCCCAGGUUCUUAGCAAAAUCUUUCCCUUCUAAACUGACCAACAGCCCCAAGCCCUUAGUGAAAUCCAUCCAGUCCAAACACAUCCCCACCCGUAAGUCCUCAGAAGAAAACAUUCCACCCAGAGAGGGUGACACCAAGUGCUCAGAAGACACCAUCCAGCCCAAGGAAGGUGACAUGCCCAAGUCCUCAAAAGAAGCCAUCCUGCCCAUAGAAGAAGACAUCCCGAAGGCUUCAGGGUCAAUGGAGCUUCUGGAGGUAGACUUCGUGAAAGUGAUCGUGAGCAAGGAGGACUUUGCGUUGGCGCUCAAGGAGGCUGGGGAGAGGCUGGUGGCUGUAGACUUCUCGGCCAGCUGGUGUGGGCCUUGCAGAUCCAUCAAGCCCCUUUUCCAUUCCCUGUCUGUCAAGUACGAGGACGUGGUGUUCCUGGAAGUGGAUGCCAAUGAGUGUGAUGAGCUGGUGAAGGACCUUGAGAUCAUUUGCAUCCCCACAUUUCAGUUUUAUAAAAAAGAAGAAAAGGUGGGCGAAUUCUGUGGCGCCAUUAAAGAAAAACUUGAAGCAAUCAUUGUAGAAUUAAAGUAAUUGUGGAUUCUGAAAACAUUGUACACAGCUGGUGAUAGUUUGUGAUUUUUUUUAUUUACCAAAAAAGAUGAGGCAUAACAAAAGUGUAUGUCUGAAUGACCCCCUGCUCAUAAAUUAUUGUUAACUCCACCUUUCCAAAAAGUAGUAAAGCUCUAAAGCGUAUUGUGACCAUGUUUUCAUUGGUAGGAAGUGUGAUAUUAAAAUUUUCUUUGGUGGAGAUUGGGAA